GUUUUGUUUUUUUGUUUUUUAAAAUAAACUCGCCAUAUAUGUGAUUUAAAGAAGAAUUCAACGACAACGCCAAUUUAAACCCAGAGUUCACCCGCUCCAAGAGAUCAGACAGGAGCGAGGAUGAUUUUGUGGAACCUGCUGCUGCCAACUUGGCUGUGUUCACUGUUGGCUCUGGUUGUUCAGGUCUUAAGCUGUCCAGAUACCUGCAGGACAUGCUCAGGGCCAAAUCACAACCAGUGCCUGGAGUGUACAACCGGAUGGACGCUCCAUGAUAAUUCCUGUGUAGACAUUGAUGAGUGCGGCACAGAGUUGGCCCAAUGUCCCCCCAGCUCCUAUUGCUUCAAUACAGAAGGGUCUUAUGAGUGCCGAGGCUGUGACCAGGCCUGUGUAGGCUGUAUGGGCAGUGGACCAGCCCGCUGCAAGAAAUGUGCCUCCGGGUACAGACUGACAGGAACAAAGUGUUUAGAUAUAGAUGAAUGCAGUGAGAGGGUGCUGCCCUGCAUUAGUCUAGAUGAGCUCUGUACUAAUGUGGAUGGCUCUUACCGCUGUGACUGUGCUGACGGGUUUAGCCGCAAGGAUAAUGUCUGUGUUAAGAACCACCUGCCUAGUGUGCAUGAGAAAGGUCUUUUUGAAGACAUCCAGGAUGAGGAGGUGGAGGUACUGCAACAGAUGUUCUUUGGGGUGGUGCUCUGUGUGCUGGCCACAUUGGCUGCUAAGGGCGAUAUGGUCUUCACAUCCAUAUUUAUGGGAGGUGUGGCAGCCAUGGCAGGGUACUGGCUGUCACACAAGGGAAGCCAUUUUCUGGACAGCUUCCUGAAGGGACGUUGA